GGGGGGCUGCUCCUGGCCUUUGGGUGCUCCCCACCUCCUUUCUCCCCGCAGGACCCUCCCUCUACCAUCAUGCUGCCCCGGAGCUGCUGGGUUCUGCUCCUGCUCCUCUGUGCUGCUGCCAGGUUUUUUGGGUGGCUGGGCCUUGGCACCCCCCCAGAGGAGCUGGGAACCCCCCCAGAGGUCAUGAUGCAGCUCCGCUCGUCCUGUGCUGACCUGAGUGAGGAGGAGAAGGUGGUGGCCAAGCUGGAGGUGGAGCUGUUCGACUGCCAGGCCAGCGCCGAGGGUCGCCAGACCUGCACCCCAGACACAUGUUUGCUCCAGGAGGAGCCACAGGAGCUGUCAAGACUGGAGACCCCCAUCCACCACGGCCUGCAGCACCCGGCGCUGGAUGAGACCCUCUUCUCCGGCAAGCAGCACCGGGUGGCCCAGCUCAUGGAGGACAUCACCCAGCAGAUGGGGAACAUGAGCGGCCGUGGGGCCUCAGGGCUCCAGGAAGGGCGCCGGGUUGUCCUGUCCGACCUCCACCAUGCGCAGGAAAGAGCUCAGGAUGUCUAUUCCCAACUAGAGAGUGACCUGGCCCUUCUCCUGGCCCAGCAGCACCGGAUGGAGGAGGUGAUGGAGAAGCUGUGGCAGGUCAACCAGAGCCUGGGGCUGAUGCUGGCAGCUGUGGAGGGAGCCCAGAGCCAGGUGGAGAACCAUCUGCAGCACCUCCAUGCCAUCCUUGACUCAUCUGGUCGGAGCCCAAGUGCCAUCUCCACCUGCAUCUUAUACGGCUCCUACGUUCUGCUACUGGUCAUGCUACUGGUGCCCACGCCACCGCGUACCAUCGUCAUCCUCCUCUUCCUUGCCUGUAGUGCCCUCAGUGAGCUCCUCAGCAUCCCGGCACUUUUUGCUCUCCUGGCCUUUGCCAUGGCAGGGCAGUGGCUGGUGGAAGCUGCCUAUCGUGGUGCUGGGGGAGCCUGGCUGGUGCUUCCCCAGGAGAAGCCCCAUCGCCAGCUCACCUCCACCCCGGACAGGGAGCACGAAGCGGAGCUGUUGCAGGAGGAGCUGGACAGGAUGGAGAUGAGCUGCCUGCAAGAGCCCUUGUACCUGGAGCAGCCCCCAGCAAUGGCAGGGGACCUUCCCAGCAUAGCAGGGCGGGUGUUACCCAUCCGUGGUAGCUGGAGGACAAAGCUGAGCUCAUGUGAGAUGAUGGUGGAGCCAGCCCUGGGUGCUGGGAAGCAUUGGGAGCCCAAACCCUGCAACCUGAGCCAGUCUCUGACCAGCGAUGUGUCCUUGCUGUCCCCACGGUCUCCAUGCCAGGGGCUCACCAGGGCUGGGCAGCGGUGCCGGAAGAAAGCCAUCCCUGGGCAGGACUUCUGCCACGUCCACACCACCAGUUGAGCCUCAUGCAGCAGCUUGGCCAUGGACUUGUCCCCCCCCAUAUCUGACCCUCUACCUCUUCCCAGAGGAGUUUUAAACCCUUUUUUGGCUCUUCCAGAUCCUAGUGGAGAACACAUGGUGGUGCUUGGGGCCCUAUGGGUGCCAUCUGGCACAGGUACAGGACCGUGCUGUGGGGCAGACGUUCCUCAUCCCACCAGUUUUAUACUAUUUGCAC